CCAAGUGGCCGGCAAUUUAAGAUCUCCCUGGAAAGAGACUCUCAACAGAUCACAGUCCUGUCAGAACAGCCCAGGAAGGUCAGGCACGGGGCUCGAGACAGGAAACCGUGACGUGUGUUCUUGGGCAGGGUCUGAGGUUUUGGAACCUCUUUCUAAAAGGGACGGAGAGAGCACCCUGCAGCAUUUGGUGAUCGAGAGGCUGGCGUGUGGUGCUGAACUGGGCAGGAUGCGGCAUGUUCCCAUGGGCAGCAGGCUUCUCCUGGUUCUCUCCUUCAUCCUGGUUUGGGGAUCUUUGGUUCAAGGUUAUCCUGCUCGGAGAGCCAGGUACCAGUGGGUACGCUGCAAUCCCGACAGCAUCUCUGCAAACUGCGUGGAAGAGAAAGGACCCCUGUUUGACCUAAUGGCAGAUGGACCCGACAACGUUGGCCCUCCAAUGAGCAAUCCUUUUCUGACGAGAGGAUUUCCGGAUAAUUUCUUCCCUAUUUCUGAAGAUGUUUCUGGGUCGGGCUCUGGCUCCGGAUCGGGCUCGGGCUCUGGUUCUGGUUCUGGCUCUGGCUCUGGUUCAGGCUCUGGCUCAGGAAGUGGCUUCCUAGGCGACAUGGAAUGGGAAUACCCGCCAGCAGAUGACAGCGAUGUUUUCUUUUACAACUAUAGGCCUGUAGACAGGAUGCUCCACGAGCCAAACCAAGGGCAACCAGAAGAUUUUAUUAUAUGAAAGUGUUCAUUUCUGUUUCCCCACCUCCACACAGAACAAGGUCUUUUGUAUUUGGUGUUCCAUGUUUAAAUGAUCAGUCUUGGGAUAAAGAGCUUUACAGAAAAUUUAAAAUACCUGGAAAAGACUCUUAAAUUCUGUCACCCUUUCCUCCUGAGUUCUUAAGGAGUUAUAUGUUAAUGCUGUUAUUGCUUUAGAAAAUAUCUGCAUUUAUAUGUGUAUUGGAUUAACAUUAUGAAAUUAACUCACACCCCUGUUAUUAUGCAACAACUUUUACAAGCCAUGCUGUUUUUGAAAAAUUCAAUUUGAAUAGCAAAUUGAUGAACAAUAAUAUUUCAUACCUAAAGUGUUAGGAACACGACUCACAUUGUGAGUUACAGAAAUACUCCUUUUUAUGAUUUAAAAUAAAACAAAAGAGUGACCGCCGACAGUGGCUACGUGACCUGGUUUCUGUUGUGCUGUGGAUGCGGUGGAGAAGCAGUGAAUGUUGUUUAUCUAAAAUUGCUGUGGGUUGUGCAGUUAGAAACUUAAUGCCUCCAGUACCACACGGUGUGCUCUCAAUGCCUCUCCGUGCUUGGUCUUUUCCAUAGAUGCCUGUUUAAUUUCAAAUGUCACUCCACUAAAGCAAAGAUAUAACCUAAGGGAGGAAGCUGUCUAGGGAUUUCUUUUUCUCCUCCAGGAAAUAAUUACUUUAAAAACGGGGCUGGAGAGACAGCUCAGUGGU